UGUUUACCCUGAAGAGGGGCCCUGCACCGGCGCACGGGGUGGGACACGGGACGGCUUUAGAAUCCAAUCCGCGCGACGCGUACGUCACAGAGGGGGAACUGGAAGAGGGCUCACGCGCCGGUAGAGCGACCGGAGCUGCUGCCCGAGGCGGCACCGAGAGGAGCACCGCGCGCCGACCAUUUCUCCAGCCACGGACUAAAACCUGCGCCCGUGUUUCCCGGAGACCAGCGCACCGGAGCUUUCAAACGACCUUUAAGCGAUCUUUUGGAAACCCAGCGGUAGAGUCGACAACACAAGUACUCUGAGUGGAGGAAGGGUUGUUAGUGAUGGCAGCGCUGGAUCUUCACUGUGGGGUGGAGGACGUGCACGGAGCAUGUGCGUGGGCCGGCGGGCGCGUGGACCCGCUGGACAGCUUCGACUCCGAGAUGCAGGAGUGGGAGGAGCAACUACAGGACGUGCAGAGGAAGAUAGAGGAAUUGUAUAAAGAGGUGAAAGCUCGCAGAGGAGCCAGUGAGUACGCGCUGGUCUCAAACCACGCCCACCUGGACUUCACCCUGCUCCCCGUGGAUGCCGCCGGCGGUUACCACGGCCCAAACCGUUGCUAUAGCGCUGGUGGCGAGGUCGGUUCGGUUCGACUGUGCGGUGAGGGGAGAGGCGAUCUUCUGGCGUGGCACGCCAAUGCCGUUAAUCACCAUGGCGAUCAUAUUAACGGCACAUGCGAUUCCGAAGCUGGCUGCCAUCACGACGGCUUCCUUUGCCCUAUGAGCCGUGAUGUCACCUUGAACAUUCUGAACGGAUACCUGGGUCAGGGAGAGGACGCUACACAGAGACGCCGCAGUCCUGGAGCUCCACACACGGUCAUGCAGAGUGUUCGCUGCCGUCACGAUGGUGCUAUACUGGGCCCUGUCCCUGGCAGAAUCGGCGAUGUUUUGGCGGGUGAGUUUGAGGAAAACAGGAAGAACGGAGGCUUCGGUCCAGAUGGAGCUCGUUAUAUGAGCUGGAAGGACGCCAGCUGUCCCAAAGAAGCCCCGCCUGAGAGACCGGCCAGCAAACUCAGACAGAGAGAUGUAGCCCCGCCCAUCCACAUCCCCACUCGCUCCACCCACUUCCCAGAGUUGCCGCAGCAGCCGGACAGGAAGUGCUCGCUGGUGGACUGGAAGUGUGGCAGCCCCUCGGUGUUGCGUAAGUUCGGCGCCAUGCUUCAGGAGAACGAGGGGAAGACCCUGAUCGAGGACGGCACGGUUACCAUGGUGAUCUCGGCGGAUCCCUCGAAGGCCCCCGCCACGCCUGUCUGCCAGCGCAAGCUCGGCGCCGGCCGGGUGUCUGCGCACGUGCCUGGACAGAAGUGCCCCCAGGACCCCGAGGUGUGGACUGCAGGCGUCGAGACCAGCCAGGAGCCUCGGGCAGUCGCUGGCUCCAGAACCAUGCUUCAGAGCACAGGGGAACACAGGGGCCUCCCUAGAAAACCCCCAGUGAGCCCUGCACCGAGAGCAGGCGUCCAGACCGGGCUGUGGGGCCCCCAGGGCCUGGAGCGCCUGGCAGAGUGCAUGACGGUGGACAGGACCCUGACUGCCUGUGCUGGGUCACAGUACCAGGGGAAGGGUCAGGAUAGUAGAGGCCUGUGGGACAGCGUGAAAAGGGAGGAGCAGGGAACUGCAGCGUACAGUGUACAGCAGAACUGCCGUGAACCGUCUCCCGUCCAAGGCAGAAGAAGUUUCUCUCGACCUGCUCGACCAGCCAAUCAGCGCCCUCCGUCCCGAUGGGCUAGCCACACCCCCACGGCUAAGAUCUCCACACCCUCCGGUCCCCAGUUCCACCCACCCAGCCCUGCACAUAAAGCCAAGCAGUCAUUCAGUAACUACAGCCUGUACACAGAAACUGUCAUCAUGUGACCAGGGACAGAACAGUGCGGGUCCUCCAGAAUGGACAGAACGAUGCGCGUUCACCUUUGACCUUUUCUAAAUGGAUCAUCUUUCCGGCCUCCGCCUCUAACCCCCCUUUGACCCUUUGUUUUGUGAAGUGUGUUCUGCAGGGGUGAUCCACGACCUCUAACACAUUUAGAACUGCGUGUGUGUAAAUACUGGGGUGUUGUAAAGACUGUGUGUAAAUACUGUGCCUGUGUAAAUACCGACUGCUCCGAGUGGACAGUGAAACUCGCAUCCUUAGGUGGCCUGACGCACCUUUCUCUCAUCACUUUGCCCAUUUCCACUUCUUUCUAUCAUUCUCAUGUCAUGUUUUUUUUUCAUCAUGGUACUUUAUGCUGGGAUAUCUCCCCCCCCCCCUUCCGUGUUCUCGAGGGCGUCCUGCAUCGGGUGCCUGCCGUGUGGUGAACAUGGCGCCUAAUGCAGCUGUGUGUGUUACGUGUGCACUGAUCCUGUCGAACCCGCACCGUGGUGUUGGAGAUGUGCCGAGUGAGUUGUGCCGUGCUUGUUACGCAACGUUUUGUAGAAAUCUUCUGGGUGGCUUCAAGCCGGAGCUUGGCGGUGAGUCUCGCCGGGAGCUCCGAGCGUCUCCCGGAGCGACGUGCCUCAGGUUCAGGACUCCUGUACUCUGCUGCCUUUCUUUAGUACCGUGCCUGGUUUUGCUCUGAAGGCAGGAACGUGUGUUCACACUCUGGAGUUCCUGGUUCAUCUUUCUUAAGCUCUUUCUCGUCACUCACUCUCUUACUCAUACACACACACACACACACACACACACACACACACACACACACACUGCCGUUUCCUGUGUGCAUGGACACCAACACAGUGCACGAUGCACGGUUCCUCACGAUACAGUUGUGGAAAGAGCCAUGAAGCCAGAAACUUCAGAGUCUGUAGUAAAGUCUUACGUGUCUUAACCCGCCUAAAGUCCUACGACCGCGGGACAGUGGGGUAGCGGGACGGGCAAGACAGGCAGCCAUUACGGUGUGGGGACAUGCAGUAGGCGGAGCUUGUCACGUUCAGUACCUGAGCCACUCUGUUCUACCGCUGCCGUCUUGUGGGAGGGUCUUUCGCGGGGGUCUGGGAUGGGACGUCUAGUCUCUGUACAGCACGACACGGAAUAAGGACGUGAUGCAUUUUGCCAGCAGAUUCUCGAACCAUGUCUGCCGCUGUCAUUACUACUAUAAUGUGUUGUUUCCAUUUUCUCUCUAAUAAAUGCUUUCAAGUGCUUGGACAGCUUUGACCAAUAAACACCCUGAAGGUUUGGUCUUUCUCUUUA